AUGACACCUGGAGCUUCCUGCGAAGUCUACGAGGACGGAGACUGGUGGAAGGCGAAGGUGGUUCAAGUGCGAGGAGGGCGCGUCCUCGUCAAGUUCGUUGGGUCUACUCAGACCAGAAGGGUCGAGCUCGAGCCCAGCUGUGAGUUUGUUCUUCUCUCCAUUGCUAUGUUCACCAGGUGUCAGGAGAUUGCUGUCAGCCUUCACUCCAAGGUGACGAGGAUCGUGGUGGAGGAGAAGGAGCAGUCGAGCUGCCGGGUUGAGUUUGUGCGGAGAGAGGCAAAGGAGAAGAAGGAGCAGAAAGCUGCAGACUUCGUUAUCGUCACUCUCCCCCUUGGAGUCCUACAGGCCUCAGCCGUCUCCUUCUCUCCUCCUCUCCCCGACGAGAAGCUGCAGGCCAUUCACGCGCUAGGCAUGGGGGUCGAGAACAAGGUCAUCUUGCGGUUCUCGCGCUGCUUUUGGCCAAAAGACGUUCCCUACCUUCAGUGUAUCCACCCCUGCGUGAGGUUCUUGAACGGACAUUUCUUCGGCAAGGAGCACACGCUCAUCGCCCACCUCUCGCCUCCUCUCUCGCAUGCUGACAUCCCCGACGAGCUGCUCCUCGAGGAGGUUCUUAGGACAUGUUCGGAAAUCUUCUCCCAGAGCUCGCAGAUUAUCUAG